AUGGCGUCUAAGAAGCCCAUUGACGAUGAACUUGGCGAGCUCUUCGAGGGUCUUGGCGACGAGGGCGGCUCCAAGAAGCCCGUCAAGACCAAGACAGCUACUUCCAAAGCUCGUGCUGGCGACAAGGCCGACGAUGAUCUCCUAGCCGAGCUCGAGAAUCUGGGUGACCAACCGGUCCGCCCUCACACCCCUCGGGUCAAAGACGUGACCAAGCGAUCCAGCACCUCGACGCCUCCUCCAGCCGCAAGCCGACUGUCUGAAGACAAGCCCAAUCUGCCACGCAAGUCGGGUGAAAGCACUCGAUCGUACCACGCGAGCUUCACCCCCAGCGCAACGAGCUCCGAGUUCCAAGAGAACGAGAAGAAGGGCCCCGUUGAGCAGACCGCCCCAGCACCUGCUGCUGCUGUCGCUGCUGCCAGUGGCGGAGGUGGCUGGUGGGGAGGCAUCUUUGCGACUGCUUCUGCUACAGCUUCAGCCGCUAUCAAGCAGGCAGAGACGGCAUAUACUCAGAUUCAGCAGAGCGAAGAUGCAAAGAAGUACCUGGAUCAGGUCAAGGGCAAUGUCGGCUACAUUAGAAGCUACGGCGACGAACUGCGGCACCGUGCUCUGCCAACAUUUGCCGAUAUUCUGCAUACCCUAGCACCACCGAUUGCCUCCCACGAACGUCUUCUGAUCCAUAUUACCCACGAUCUCGCCGGCUAUCCUUCUCUGGACCCUCUUAUUUAUGGUGUCUUCAGCCGUGUCAUGUCACAAGUCGAGGGAGGUGACUUGCUGGUCAUCCAACGUGGUCAUGAGAGUACCGCGCGCCGUGCUUCGGAUGCCGCCUUCUACACCGGAUCCUCCUCGUCUGCUGGCUGGCGCGACGGACCAUGGUGGCGUCAGACUGAUAUACCUAGAGACCUGGGUACCGUCAAGGGCCUCGUCGAGGGCACGAAGCUCUGCCGCGUGAGUGCUGAAAGCUAUGCUCAUGACUACUUUGAAGCCACCGGUGGCAUCACAGAGGCGCAGAAGCGAGCAGUGGAGCCCCUUAGUGAUGACAACCCUGUCAGAACAAGCGACAUCUUCCUCGCAGUCCAGGCCAUCACCGUCGACGCUGACACUGCCUUGUUUGCUGGCAGCACUGCUGGCGAGAAAGAGAAGGAAGAGAGCCUAGUUGCCGAGGACAAUACUGAUACGCAAGUCUGCUUUGCUAUCUAUGUCCUCGAUCCUGUCCACGAAAUCACAUACAGCACCGUUUCGCAGGCCAUUCCUGCCAAGUGGAUCCGUUGGCUUGAUGCGCCCAGUCCCCUGACUCCCGCUAGUAGCGAGUCUGAGCACCAGCACGACAACGAGCUCGCACACGUCCCUGAUGAGAUUCGUGAGAUCGUCGAGAGCGGCGGCGUUGAUCCUAGAGAAUGGGUGGCAGAAUGGGUCGAAGAGUCGUUGACCCUGAGCGCCGGUGUUGUUGCACAACGAUAUGUGGCCCGCAGAAUGGGUGUUGGAGAAGGUGGUCUGGGCAAGGGCAAGCAGAAGAUUGACGCUGUUGUCAACGAGGGUGGUGGCGAGGCUGCUAGAGCUGGUCUCAUCUAA